AACUGUAAAUUAGGAACAUGUCUGACUCAGAGUGGUCCAAGAGGAGAAAAAGGAAGAAAUCUAGCAAGGAGAGCGCUCCAGUUGAAAUGGUUGUAGUCACUCCCGAGCUGAAACACAAGAUGAUGGACCUUAUUCAAGCAAUUAUGAGGAAAGAUAUUCACAUGAUAUUCGCGGAGCCGGUGAGCGACAUGAUUGCACCUGGUUACAGUACCAUCAUUCCUAACCCAAUGGACCUGAGCACUAUGCAGGCUAAAGUACAACGAGGGGAGUACAUCGUUCUGAAAGACCUAAAAGAUGACGCGGACUUAAUGUGUAAAAACUGCAUGGUCUAUAACUCUGAUGACACAAUAUUCUACAAGGAAGCAGUGAAGUUACUGAACUACAUCAACACUCUGUUCGGAGAGAAGAAGAAUAAAGUAGCGCUCUCUAAUGAGGUGAUGGAAGGAAUCAGGAAGAAGAAUGAGAUACAAGAAGAGUGGAUGGCUGAAGAGAUUAAGAAAUCAGUAAAACGAGUUGCUGCUGAAGCCAAGGAAAAUUUUGACAGGUUGGCGAGUGAAACUAGAAUAGGAUACCUGACUAAAGAUGAAGACACCAACACAGUAGUCCUGAAUAUAAUGAAUGCUCAGCCCGGGGAACCGGCAGAGAAGCCUGUUGACCUCUCCUGCUUUGAACCCCACGAAAAUACCACCACCUCUCUUCUCAACAACUUUAGAGAAAAAAAGAGACAACCCAACAAACCGCCCCAGUACCUCCACUACGGUCCAUUUGGCAGCUUCAUGCCCAGCUACGACUCAGUGUUCAGCAGUCUUGAUGAUGAGGAUCAGCAGCUCCUCUACAGUUGCUAUGGUGAUGAGAUAGGUCUGGCUUACUGUCGAAGUGUCCAAGAGUUUGCCAAGGGUUGUCAUGACUCUCUCCGCCAGCCAGUAGAUAACAUUAUCAACAGUCUGACGGCCGGUGGUCAUGUAAAGGCUAACAAACUCCUCGCUCAAAAGUACGCUAAGAUUAUCCGAGAGAAACGUCUACUAAGAGCAAGGAGACUAGGAAAUACCAUGAAAAUACCCUCUCAAUCAGCAACUAGCGUUUCUGCUGGGUCAUCCGCUACUGAAACAGAGGAACCAGGCACUGCUGCGGAGGAUAAGCAGACUCAACUACCAAAACACCAACCAGAGGACAUCAUCAAAGAGGAGGAAUCUUUGCUGAAGCUGCUAGAAUCAGACGAUAUCCCCGACAUAAUAAACGACCCAGCUCUACAAAGCAAACUAGAGCAAGCCUGCGAGGACCCCGAACUGCAAGAAAAACUAGAAAAAACAAGCGGGUUGCUUGCGGAGUUACACCAGGAACAAGCGGCCCGGCUCAGUAAACCACCAGUCUCCUCUACUCCAGCCACGUGGGAGGUGGGAGCAGAGGAGAGUGCCCUGGCGGGGAGGGUCAGGGAGAAUCUGACGGACAUGAUAUCCGGACAUGUUCCACCGAGAGAUGUGGUGGGGGAGGCUGCUGUGAGAGGCGCUAUGUCGUCUGAUAUUGUAGAUCAAGUUAUUAACCUUUGAGUGUGGUCGGGUAGUCUGUUGUUAGACUUUUUAGUGAUGUUAAUUUAAUGCUUUCUAUCAUGACACGUGAUAAGUAGCUCUGGUAAGAAAUGCGAGUCAUAUUUGAUAGACAUUGUUUGUUGUUCAGUUGCACAGUUGCCUGUGGCAAUGCAUCGUAAUCUUACACCAGCAUGUGUUUACUGUUUAUACGAAGUUGUUAUUUCUCUUUCCAAUUAUUAUAACGAUUAUAAAUUAAUAGAAAGCCAUUGUUAAGAAUUGAUAUUAAUUUAAUUUUGGCCCAAAAACCAAAUUUAUA